CGGGUCCCGACCGGCGGACGCACCGGACUCCGGACUCAGCCGUCACUUAAGGUGGCAGAACAGAGACGUGCAGCUGCACGGAUGACGUGGGGCCAGCCACAGAAAGGCGCGAAGUAGGGAGCCAUUCACCCUCUGCAGUGUGAGGGACCCUGAGGACGUCGUGCUCAGCGACAGACGCCAGACGCAGAAGGACACGCGGCAUGAGACUCCGAUUAUAGGAAACGUCCAGAACAGGCCUCACGUCUGGCGUGGGAAGCGCUGUCCUCGCUCACACAGAAGUCUCUGGAGCCUCCAAGGACACAGGGUAAGGAACCAGGUCCGUUCCCUCCCCACGGCCAGGGAAGCAAAGCAGUGAGGGGGACGCUGGGGACGCUGUGGCUCAGAGGAGGUGCCUCCCUGGCUGGCUCGGGAGCGCAGGGAUGGCUUCCUGGAGGAAGUGGUGUCCAGGCUAAGAGUUAUGAACGUGCAAGGAGAGGAGGCAGGGGUUUGGGGACCAGGGUAUUGAGGGGUGUAUAGGAGUCUACCAGGGAAGAGGCAGAGACUUGGGAGCCAAGGUGUGGGAGGUACAGGACUCCACUAGGGAAGAGGCAGGGGCAUGGGGACCAGGGCUUUGGGGGAUGCAUAGGAGUUCACCAGGAAAGAGGCCUUGGGGUCGGGGUACUGAGGGUCCACCAGGCAAGAGUCAAGGGCCCAAGUGAGGCGUGGGGCUUGGUUCUAGAAGCCACAGGAGCUGUGGGCUGGUCCUGAGCAUGGAAGGGCUACGCCCAGCACUGCGAUUUAGGAAAAUUCUGGAGCUGCUGGAAGGAGGGGGUCGGGGGGAGGCCGCAGAGCUUGGGCAGUCCGGCAGACUGCAGUGGCAGGAAGGCGUGACAGGGGCAGAGGGACUGUCACUGUCCCGAGAGCUGGCCUGCCCUUCACCUUGGCACCUCCCCGGCCCCUCCCUGGACAGGAGCUGUGGCGAGUCAGUGUUUCCGUGUUGGAGGAAUCACCGGAGUGACCUGUUUCCGGAAACCCCACGGAUGUCGCCCACAGCCCGGGCCACUGUCCCUGGGGCUCAUUCCCGGCCUAAGGCCUCGGGCGUUUGCUGGAGGCCCGGCGGGGGUGGCCCGAUGGACGGCUUCAGCACCAAGAGCCUGGCCCUGCAGGCCCAGAGGAAGCUGCUGGGCGCGGUGCCGCCCCGGGCGGUGGCGGCGCUGGUGGACGACGCGAGCAGCGCGGUGCUGGACGAGCUGUACGGCGCGGCGCGGGAGUUCACGCGCAGCCGCAAGGAGGCGCAGAAGCUGCUCAAGAACCUGGUCAAGGUGGCCGUGAAGCUGGGCCUGCUGCUGCGCGGCGGCAGGCUGGGCGCGGACGAGCUGGCGCUGCUGCAGCGCCUCCGCGAGCGCGCGCGCCGCCUGGCCAUGACCGCCCUCAGCUUCCGCCAGGUGGACUUCACCUUCGACCGGCGCGUGCUGGCCGCCGGCCUGCUGGAGUGCCGCGACCUGCUGCAGCAGGCCCUGGGCCCGCGCCUGUCCGCCAAGUCCCACGGCCGCAUCAGCCACGUCUUCGGCCGCCUGGCCGACGGCGACUUCCUGGCCGCGCUCUACGGGCCGGCCGAGCCCUACCGCUCCCACCUGCGCGGCAUCUGCGAGGGCCUGGAGAGGCUGCUGGAGGACGGCAGCCUGUGACCCCAGCCGCUGUGGCCCAGCCGCUGUGGGCGUGCCAGGGAACCCGCCGCCCCUCCUCUCCCCACCCUCGGCCGGUGGGGAGAACUCGGUCCCCUGCCCCUUCACGGCCACCUGCCGCUCCUGUCCCUGUCCCGCCCCGUGAGCCAGCGGGCCCCGUGUCAGCUUGAUGUCAGCCAAAGGCCAGCGCGCCCCCGCGUAACGAAGUCGCCUGGGCUUCGUGCCUUCAGACAAGGUCGUGGGGAACUGCGGCCCCCACGAAACCUACUUGAGCACAUCCAACCCCUAGAACCUUCUUCGGACUCAUCUGAGUCACUGCAGAUGUCACUAGCUCAGCUGAUGUCCUCCUGGAGCAGGGCGGGCCCUAAGCCGAUGGCUGGGGUCCUAUGGAAAGGGACAUUUGGACGCAGACGCGCACGCAGGGAGAACGGCGGUGACGGCGGAGCAGAGAUGGGGCGACGCUCCCACAAGCCAAAGAACACCAGGGAUGCGGCCACCAUCAGCCCUGCCACACCUUGAGCCUGCGCUGCGGCCUCCGCGGCGAGCCAGGACAGACACUCGUCCAGGCCCCGGAGUCCGCGGACUCUGUCCCGGCAGCCCGAGUUCGAGAGGAUUCCGGCGGAUGCUGGUGACUUUGGCUGGAGACGCGCAGCCCCGCCUCGGGAGGGGACUGGGUCAGACCCAGCGACCCCACGUGGGAGGGGACGGGCGUGGCCCGCUCAGGGGCGAGGGCAAAACCACGGCAGGCGCUCGCCACUUCCUUCCUUACGGCCGCCUGCCUUGGGAAGCACGUACGUUUGACGGCGAGGAUUUCAGGUCUCCAAAACCAGCCGCCGACCGCGUCGCUCUCGUAGGCGAAGCUCCACGCGUCUCCUCGGAACGCGCGGCAGCGCCCCACUCGGGCGUGCGGACGUGGGGGUCGGGGGGCUGUGCCGCAGGGCAGCAGGGUUCUCGGGGCACCUGGCGGGAGGCGACGCAGCUCCACGGCCCUUUGGUGGACCCGGGUCUGCUGAGGGCAGCGGCCGUGCAUGCCGGGAGCCCGGCGGCGUCCUGGGCGAGGAGGGAGGCUCGCUCGGCCCCACCCAGGAUCUCAGACAUUUGGAAUUAGCUGCCAACAUCUUAAAAACCGAGGAAAUGGCA